CUUACAAGAACACUACGUCAUAAUAUGUCUUAACGCAUAUGGGCUAUAUUCUGGGACAUGGUUCACUGCUUGAGGAUGAGCCAUAAGUAUUGAAAACAGUGUAGUUGUGUUUUUUUACUCGAACAUGGAACAUGUUUCAAAUGCAGAUUCGCCCAUAACGGCACGCAUUGAGGACGGCAUCGUGUAUUCACCGCUCCCGUCUUUCGAUAUACCCAAGUGUUCCUUCUACGCAAUGGCAAGGGAGCUAGUGAAGAAUGCUCCUGAAAAGUUGAUGCUGGUUGACGAUUCACAUGCUUUGACACGGGCCGAAUGCCUGACUCAAAUGCAGCGCUACGCUGCAGGGUUCCAAGCCCACGGCAUCCAACCAGGCGAUCACGUGUGUGUGCACUUGGAAAAUAGCAUCGAGAACUACAUCGCCACGUUCGGGUGUGUUUUCGCCGGAGCAGUGAUCGUCUUGGCGACGACCUCUCUAACGGAAAGAGAACUCCAUUACCAAGUAAAGGAGGCCGAUGUUGUGCACAUUUUGACAGAACAAAAGUUCGUCCAGAAAGUUAAGAAUGUGGAUGCCGUGACGCCAUUCAAGGAAUUGGAGUUCCAAGAGAUCCCCGUACCGGACCCGGAGCGCACCCUGAUGGCCCUGGCAUACACGUCGGGCACCACGGGACUUCCCAAGCCCGUCGAAAUCACGCACUACAACUUCGUAGCUUCAUUUUAUACGACCGCGAAAUGCGGCACUAGAACCGACGGAGAUGUCACGCUGGCAUGGAACCAACUGGCUCACGUCUCAGGGCUAUGGAGUAUCCUCACGGCUUUGGCUGGAACAAUCUGCGUAGUUGUCCCUCAUACCUUAGGGAUAAACCGGUACGCCGAUAUGAUCGACAAAUUCAAGGUAACUCUUCUUGUUGGCUUUCCAGGGCGUCUUGAGAAAUUGGUGCAUUACGUUCACUCCACGGGUAGAAGACUCAUCACUGUGCAGGAAGUCGGCGUCGGGGGCGGCGCGCUCUCAAAGCAGCUCGCGGAACUAACCAUGAGCGUUUUUGAAAACCUUCGAAGUCUGAGGUUGUUCUACGGAAUGACAGAAUCAAACGGCUUUGUAUGUGCCCCGCCGAAGGAUGUCGUCUCUUACACUGACAUUGGGUAUCCUGUUCUCAUGAGCGAAAUCAAGGUCGUAAACGUGACCAAUGGUGAAUCACUGGGACCGAAUGAGCCUGGCGAGCUCUGCUACCGGUCACCCACGGCAUCUCGAGGCUAUUACAAGCGUCCUCUGGAAACUGCCCAGUUCAGAGACAGCGAGGGAUGGUGUCGGUCUGGCGAUUGGGCCUACUACGAUGCAGAUGGCCGAGUUCACUUCGUGGAAAGAAUCAAAGAAAUGAUCAAGUGCCUCGACCAGCAGGUAGUUCCGACAGAACUCGAAGAAUUGCUGCUCGCCAAACACGACGGUAUCGCCGAGGUGGCUGUGCUGGGUGUGCCCCACCCGGUCUACGGAGAAGCACCGGCCGCCAUUGUCGUGCCCAAGAAGGAUAUCAAGAACGUUGCUGGAGCAAUGGAAAGAGAAAUCAAGGAUAUCAUUGCGGGAACCUGUGCUGAGUACAAGCAUCUCUACGGAGGCGUCUUCUUCGUGGAAGCUCUUCCGAAAACGGAGAGUGGAAAGAUACAGAGGAAAGCACUCUUCGAUACUUGGGCCAAGUGUGCCCGGCUGCCUCUAUAACGAACAAAUGAACAACUCUUUGCAGCCAGUUUCCUUCAGCCAGCCUAAUAUGAAAGCUUUUGAACUCGUCGUUUCAGUAUAUCUUGACUUGGUGUUGUGGGAUCAGUAGAUGACUUUCGUCAAUAAAUAUUAGACAGGUUUGGGCAAAAUACUUACCGAAAAUGUAUUUAAAUACAAAUAAAAAACGCUUUGACAAAAA